CCCCUGAUUGUGAAAACAGUAGCAUGCUUGGGCUGUGUAUCACAAACCUGCCAAGGAUAAAAGGGCUGCUGCCCUGGACCAUUCACCCACAACCUCUUCAGCACAGCCUUCAUCUCCUGCCUUUGCUGUAUCUGGCUGACUGACUCCUGCCAAGAUGUCCUGCCAGCAGAACCAGAAGCAAUGCCAGCCUCCUCCCAAGUGCCCCUCCCCCAAGUGCCCUCCAAAGAGCACAGCACAGUGUCUGCCUGCAGCCUCCUCCUGCUGUGCUACAAGCUCUGGGGGUUGCAGUGUCCCCAGCUCUGAGGGAGGCUGCUUCCUGAGCCACCACAGGCGCAGGUCCCACAGAUGCAGGCACAGGAGCUCCUCCAGAUCCUGUGACCGUGGCAGUGGCCAGCAGUCGGGAGACUCAGGCUGUGGGCACAGCUCUGGGGGCUGUUGCUGACCUGGAUCCUGAGGCUGAGACGACAGAGUUUGGGGGAAACAAAAAUCCCAAGGGCCAUGGAAAGCACAGCUUGUCUUGUCCUGCUGGCUCCUCCUGUCCUGGAUUCUGAUUCUCCUGGGAAUUUCUCUUCCUGUCCGCUGACCAUCGCGCUAAGCUCACCUGAAGAGCCAAUUCAAAAAUAAAGCUGUUCAUGCUGUAA